UUCCUCCUUGAUCACUAGGAAAAAAAAAUCUCUCCACGCUGCCUUCCAUGCCUCCCAAGGCGUUCCCGUUCGUCCACGCCGCCUCACAUGCCCCCCACGCCGUUCCCGUUCGUCCCGCCUCUGACGCCAUUGUCAUUCUACCUAAUAAUUUCUCUUUCUUAAGAUGACCGGAACAAGUUCCAGCGACCGUAGAAAGUGGAAGACAAGGGGCAUCCUCCGUCCCUCCUCUACGCCAAAAACGUACAGCUCAGCUCUCCGACCUCUACUCGUUCUCUAAAGGACACGAAGCCCCAUCUCUCCAUCGGGUUCCUCUUGCAGCACUUUACCAUCCGCGUGGGACGGGCGGUGUAUGCUACGAACGGUGGGCGUGUUCGGCUUGCUUCCACUAGCCGUACCCCCGAAACCCCUUCACGUGGCCCCAUCUCUGCCGCCCAAUCCCAUAUUUAAGAGACCCGCGCUCCGUCUUCAAGCUCUAUAAAUCUAUUCCCUCCUCACCGCAGGAAGUGGAUCUCUAGAUCUGCGCCGUUCCCAAGCCGAGACGUCCUUCUCCCCUGUGCGCUCUAGGAGAGAGAUCCUUAAGAAAGAUGGUGGGGAGGAAGCCUGGCGUUAUUGCUUUGUUUGAUGUUGAUGGCACGCUCACAGCUCCAAGGAAGGGGAUAACACCAAAGAUGCUUGAGUUCAUGCGAGAGCUUGGGGAGGCUGUUACAGUAGGUGUUGUCGGAGGAUCUGAUCUUGUUAAGAUAUCGGAACAGCUUGGGAAAUCAGUCAUAAAUGACUAUGAUUAUGUAUUUGCGGAAAAUGGUCUUGUUGCUUAUAAAAAUGGAGAACUAAUUGCUAGCCAGAGUUUGAAAUCAUUCCUUGGUGAAGAAAAACUCAAGGAAUUUAUUAAUUUCACCCUCCAUUAUAUUGCCGACUUGGAUAUCCCUAUCAAAAGGGGAACAUUCAUAGAGUUCCGCAAUGGAAUGCUUAAUGUCUCCCCAAUAGGGAGAAACUGUAGCCAGGAAGAGCGAGAAGAGUUUGAAAAGUAUGAUAAGGUUCACAACAUACGACCAAAGAUGGUCUCUGUGCUUCGUGAAAAAUUUGCACAUUUCAACCUGACAUUUUCCAUUGGAGGGCAGAUAAGUUUUGAUGUUUUUCCACAAGGUUGGGACAAGACCUUCUGUUUAAGAUACCUCAAUGAAUUCCCAGAAGUCCACUUUUUUGGGGACAAAACAUACAAGGGAGGAAAUGACUAUGAGAUUUAUGUAUCUGAACGUACAACGGGUCAUUCAGUGACCAGCCCAGAUGAUACAGCAGAGAAAUGCAGAUCGCUCUUCCUGACAAAGCAAAAUGGGGAUGCUUGAGCUUCUGUUGGCAUAUUGGAUCAUUUAAUUUGCUUCUUUCUUCAGUCAAUUUAGCAGAAAAUAGGAUGUGUUACAAUUCCUGGUUUCAUAAAUUUGGUUUCUGUCUACCUUUUACAAUGUUCUAUCUUGGCAAUCAACAGUUUAAAUGCCUAUGUUAUUAAUCAAGACAAUAAAAUAAUGUUGGUGGAGACCUUUUCGUUGCC